AGUUUUACAAAUAAAAGAAUAUUUAAAACAAAAAUUUGACACUGACUAUUCUCAAUACUUGACAACGCCAGUUGAGUCUGGUCAUCCUUCACAACCAAAUCAAUUAUUAAAUCACGAGCUUCUCUUGCAAUACAUCUUUCAUGCUGAAUAUAAUGUUGAGGUUCAUGAAAAUUAA